GUCAUCCUCUACGACCUCGUCUGCGCCGGCAGCGUCAACCCCGACUACUUAGACUUCCACCGCUACACCACCCUCGACCCUUACGUCGACGACCUCCUCAACAUCCUCGACGCCCACCGCGUCGACCGCUGCUCCUACGUCGGCCACUCCGUCUCCGCCAUGAUCGGCCUCCUCGCCUCCAUCCGUCGCCCCGAGCUCUUCUCCAAGCUCAUCCUCAUCGGCGCCUCCCCAAGUCCCCAAUUUCAAAAUCCCCCUGGACUACCACGGGGCUACGAACAGAGCGAGAUCGAGGAGGUUUUCACGGCGAUGGAGGCGAAUUACGAGGCGUGGGUGCAGGUAUUCGCGCCGCUGGCGGUGGGGGCGGACGUGCCGGCGGCGGUGAGGGAGUUCACCAGGACCCUGUUCAACAUGAGGCCGGACAUCACGCUGUUCGUGUCGAGACAAGUGGAGGCGAGGAGGCCGAUCAUGGCGGUCGACGCUUUUUAA